ACGGACGUUGGACGCCCGCAAGGCGUUUUAAGAAUCGUGAGUUUGGUCAGAGUGUCACGUGCUCGCUGACGCGCGCGAGGCUUCCUAGGCGAGAGCGGCGCGGGGUUCCCGCCAGUGGCGCGAGGCGGAGACCCCAGUGCAUCCGGGCCCCUGUCACCAGCGACAACACAACAGGGCUCGCUGAUCCUGAGUAGGACCCACCAGGACCUACAGACGCCUUUACAGGGGAGCCACAGGGGAGCCAUGCCCCCCACGGGAGAGGCACGGGAGGCGGCCCGAACGCGGGUCCAAGGUCUUGUGGAGCGAGUCCCAGUGGUCUUGUUCAGCAAGAGCUUCUGUCCGUUCUGCGAAAAGGUGAAGGGGCUCUUCACAGAACUGAAGGUCUCUUACGAAGCCCUGGAGCUGGACCUGAUAGACGAUGGGCCUCUCAUCCAGGAGGUUCUGCUGGAGAUGACGGGACAGAAAACAGUGCCCAACGUGUUUGUCAACAAGACUCACGUGGGAGGCUGUGACAAGACGAUCGAGGCGUACCAGAGCGGGCGACUACAGCAACUGCUGGCGGCCUCCACAGCCCCCUCACCCGCACCACCGGUGGAGGACACGGACGCAGUGCGCCACUCCUACGAAUACGACCUCAUUGUCAUCGGGGGGGGCUCCGGGGGGCUCGCUGCCUCCAAGGAGGCGGCCAAGCUCGGCAAGAAGGUGAUGGUGCUGGACUUUGUACAGCCGACCCCGCUGGGCACGUCAUGGGGCCUGGGUGGCACGUGCGUGAACGUGGGCUGCAUCCCGAAGAAGCUGAUGCACCAGGCGGCUUUGCUGGGCCACGCGCUCUCCGACUCGCGCAAGUUUGGCUGGGAGUACGACCAGCAAGUGACUCACAACUGGAGCACCAUGAAGGAAGCCAUCCAGAACUACAUUGGCUCACUCAACUGGGGCUACCGCGUGGCACUGCGCGACCAUGCCGUGAGCUACGUCAACGCAUUCGGAACCUUCACCGACGCCCACGCUAUCAAGGCCACCAACAAGCGGGGCAAGGAAACCCAGCACACAGCCGAGACAUUCAUCCUCGCCAUGGGGGAACGACCGCGGUACCUGGGCAUACCAGGAGACAAGGAGUUUUGCAUCACCAGCGACGACCUCUUCUCGCUACCGUACUGCCCUGGCAAGACACUGGUGGUGGGCGCCAGCUACGUGGCGCUGGAGUGCGCCGGCUUUUUGGCGGGGCUGGGGCUGGACGUGACUGUGAUGGUGCGCUCCAUCCUGCUGCGAGGAUUUGAUCAGCAGAUGGCCGAAUUGGCCGGAGACUACAUGGAGAAACACGGGGUCAAGUUCAUCCGCCAGUUCGUGCCCACCAAGGUUGAGCAGCUCGAGGCCGGCACCCCCGGCCGCCUCAAGGUCCAUGCUAAGGCUACGGAAGGCUCGGAGCUGUACGAGGGCGAGUUCAACACGGUGCUGAUCGCCGUGGGGAGAGACGCCUGCACGUCCAACAUCGGGCUGGACGUGGUUGGAGUGAAGGUGGAUGAGAGGACGGGCAAGGUGCCGGUGAACGACGUGGAGCAGACGAACGUGCCGCACGUUUACGCAAUCGGCGACAUCCUGCAGGGCAAGCUGGAGCUCACGCCCAUCGCCAUCCAGGCCGGCCGACUGCUGGCCCAGCGGCUCUACGGGGGCGGCACCACCAAGUGUGACUACGUGAACGUGUGUACCACCGUGUUCACGCCCCUCGAGUACGGCUGCUGCGGCCUCUCGGAGGAGAAGGCCAUCGAAUUGCUGGGAGGCGACAACAUCGAGGUCUUUCACAGCAACUUCUGGCCGCUGGAGUGGACUGUGGCCGGUGGUGAUAACAACAGCUGCUACGCCAAGAUCCUCUGUAACAAGGCUGACAAGGAUCGAGUGGUGGGGUUCCACGUGCUCGGCCCCAACGCCGGUGAGAUAACCCAGGGCUUCGGUGUUGCCAUGAAGUGCGGCCUCACAAAGGCCCAGCUGGACGACACCAUCGGCAUCCACCCGACCUGCGCUGAGAUCUUCACCAUGCUCGCGGUGACCAAGCGCUCGGGGGCCGACAUUAAGCAGACCGGCUGCUGAGGUUAAGCCCGGCUGUCGUUACUGCUGCCCGGGCCCCUGCUCCACCACCGCAAGGCCACGCCGAAAGAAAUCCACGGAAGCACGAGAGCUUGUUAAGUAAUUUACGAGCUCUGCAGCCGUUGCCGUGUGCCUGUGCAUAGUCACAACCUCGGCGGCGUUUCCUUUCAUGAAAAAUUAGCUUCCGUGGAUUUCUAUUCGUCGUGCAAGCCACAUUGUGGCCUCUGCUUUGCGAUCCGAUCCGAUUCCAUUUCCCGGCACUGUAGUGAAAUGCACCACUGCUCUGUAAAACGUUGCUGCAGAUAAGUUUAUUUAGUUUAACCAGGUGAGAACUCAAGAGACCAGGAUAGGAAUCUUAUUCGCAAGAGUGACCUGGGUAACCAAAGUAAAUGAAAGCAAUAGCGAAAAAUGGAAUACAACGACGAAGGAAAUAGAUAUUGGGGCAAAAGCAAUAACGGGUUCCACACAAAUGUAUGGAAGGAAGGAGAUCAUGAGGGUUGGGAUUAGAGUUGAGGUUCAGGAUAGAGUUAGGGAUAGUGUUGUGUAAGUUUAUAGUUGGAGUACAGGAUAGAGUUGGGAUAGUUUUGAGUAUAAGGUUAGAAUUGGGGUACAGGAUAGAGUUGGGAUAGUUUGUGCCUAUUGGCAGCAGCUGUAUUUCUCAGAGCAGUGGGUGUUUUGCACCACAGCUCCCCAUUCCCUCUUGCUGCGUGAUAAGCGCCCCCUAGUUGGAUGGUGCCGCGUGGUAAGAGGGGAGGGGAUAGGGAGAAGGAUUGGGGAGGUAAUGGAGCAGAGGAGCCCGGGCAUCGGGCGACAGCUGGGUCACCUCGACCUCUCACCCCUGACCUGCGACCUUGAGGGGCGUCGAAAAUGCCCUCCAUGACGCUUUGGCCGUUUAACCUCUGACCUGAGGCCGGCCAGUGCAGAUGAAACUUAGGGAAGCGGGUCCAUCCCACAACCCCCCCCCCCCCACUAUCCCCUCUAUGUCAGAAGAGUUGUACCAUAUUUAUUUUGGUGGUGUGAUGAUGUGGAGGCACCGCAAGUUAACGCCCCCUCUGGCAGGCAGUGCGGCCCUCGGCUGCCUCAUGCGUGUUUGCAUGCGCGCGCCGGAGUCUUUUGUGUGCAGUGAGUGUCGCACUGCGCUACGAACCCGGCCACUCAAGUUCGAUUCCCACUCGCAAGCCAAUAUCAGUGACGAUUAUUUGAACCGGUCCUGCGCCUCCAUAAGGGUGGACUGCUUUAAAUGACUACCUCGUGUGGUGUGUAAAUAUCACCACCGGGGAGACAGAGGUGCCGAGCGUGGUUCUGGCCACACCAGCACCCUGCGUGUCGUGUUGGCCUUCAUGGGUGCUACUCGCUAACUUUCCCCAGACAGCCUGUGUGGGUUAUAUGGGGGAGGGGGGUGGGGUGGUGAGCGAGAUUUGUGUGAUGAGCAAUUAAUGUGAUGAACACGGGCGGGCUCUGUCCCACCUCCCUGUGUGUGUCCCGUGUUGCUGGAGUCACCACAAUGCUCCAUCAACCGUCCGAUCUCAUAUCGGUGACUCCAUGUCCCUCUUGUGCCACGUGUCUGCUGUCCCAGGUUCCCCUCUCGUGAAUCUCUGUUUCCAUGUCUCCGCACUAUGCUCCCCUUGUCUCUGUGCAGUGUCUACUCCCCACGUGUGUCUAUCUGCCGUCUCCAUCUCCUCUCUGUACUCCCUCAAUUUGAUCUCCUCCAUCGCAUCUCCCUUCGCCCACCGCUAAAAUGACUGUGACCUCAUCCAUCACUAUCUCUUGUUUGGUUCACAAAUACACGACCAGUGAAGUGAGCGUGGUUUUAUUUAGCCGAACCAUGAAGGAGCCUGUGGAUGCGAGUGGCGGUGCUGUGUGACUCGCGUGUGUGCGUGCGUGCGUGUGUGCGUGCGUGCGUGUGCGCGUGCGUACGCCAAUGCCCGACGUGCACACGUGUGGCACCGCAGUGAAAAAUAUCGCAGCAGCCAAUCGGAGUCUAUUACCGGUUUUGGCUGUUCGUGGUGCAUGAUGGUGGGUGGGUGAUGGAUUUCUGCGCGACGUGAGCAUGCGAGUGAACGAAAGAGCGGAUUGCUUGAUGUUGGGGAUUGGUAUAGGGUUUGGGCAGAGCAUAAUUUCAUCCACGUCCAGUACACCUCUCGCUAUGGUUGUGGCUACUACUAAUUGGUGAGAAAUUAAUCCCCGGUGGGAAUAGGGUCGGGCACAUCACAGGAUUGCGAGAUGGCGGUGGCUUUGGGAGGCAUCCAUCCAGCAAUUGGGAGUGACCAUGGCUCAUGAUGAUGCUGGGUUUAUUGUAUCGGUGUUUCUCGCGUUAAACCGCCGUCUGUACCUGAUGUGAACAGAGACAAAAUAAAGAGCGAGUGAAGAA